CACGGCGGUCCCACAGCGAGCGAGCACCCAACUCUCCUCCUGCACGCCAUCUUCGGCAUGCGCCCAGAGGCGGUGCGGGAUCAGGCCGCUGCCGUGCCUACCCGAUCCCGAAGACCGAGCGAAUUCAAUUCCGCGCUGCUUUCUCUCCUGAGCAUCACAAGCACAAAAUCUGCCAUCCUUGAGCCCCGGCGCACAUCUUUUCGCUUCCGAGCUUCUUCGUGGACAGUCGAGCCUUCGGAAUCCGCUCGAAGCGAGUUGCCGACCGGCGAAUUUUUGGAGCGGAUCGAGUCUUGGGUCCGAAGGGAGCGGGCGCAAUGGGCGGGGAGGCAAAGAAGGAUGAUGUUCGCGAGCAGGUUAAACUGGAAGUGUCUGCGAAUGGGAUCGCGACUGUGACUCUGAAUCGUCCGAAAACAAUGAACUCUCUCUCUUCUGAUAUGAUUCAUUACCUUGCGCAUAUCAUUAAAACAGCUGCCAACGACGACAAAGUGAAAGUCAUCAUCCUAACCGGCAAUGGUCGGGGCUUCUGUGCUGGAGUGGAUUUGAGCGCAGCCAAGGGGGUUUUUCAAGGCGAUGUCAAAGAUGAAAGUAAGGACCCUGUUUAUCAGAUGGACCUCUGUAAGAAGCCGAUUAUCGGUGCUGUUAAUGGAUGGGCUAUCACAGGUGGUUUUGAGGUUGCUCUGGCCUGCGACAUCUUGAUCGCCAGCACGGAAGCCAAGUUUAUGGACACCCACUCCAAGUUCGGAAUUUUUCCAUCGUGGGGAAUGUCCCAGAGGUUGUCUCGCCUUAUCGGGCUGAAUUGUGCACGCCACGUCCAUCUCACGGGCAUGGAAGUAGAUUCACAACUUGCUGAGAAAUGGGGUCUUGUAAGUCAGGUAGUUCCACCUGCUGAGCUUAUGAAGACGGCUCACUCGAUCGCAGAGAUGAUUUUGAAAAACGAUGAGAAUCUAGUACGAGAUUUCAAGGCCAUCGCCAAUGACGGUGGUCGUUUGCCUCUGGGCGAAGGUCUGAAAUUGGAAAAGGAAAGGGCUCAUGCCUCUUAUAAGGCCAUGACACCGGAAUUUUUUGCCAAGCUGCAACAAUACAUCUCCGGGCGCAAGCAAACUCCAUCAAAGUUAUGAUUUGGGCUUUUUCUUUUCCGGUCACUCAGGGUCAUUACCCUUGCAUCUUUAGGGUGGAACGCGGUCGUUGUAUGUCGUCCAAGAUCAUCACCCUGAUGGUUGUUCUAGUCAUGAUUGUUGGACUACCUCAGUACCAAUAUCAUCUAAGUGAAACAAGGCUGACGCCGGUACUUUUGUGUAUAGAAUUCUCCAUUAUUGGGUCUACAGGAGAGGCGUGCACCCCUUAAAAUAUGUGAAAAGCAUUUAUGUGUUCCUGCCGAAGGAAGCAAAGGAAUUUGCAAAUAUUGCUGCCAUUCCAGGAGAGGCGUAAACCCCUUAAAAUAUGUGAAAAGCAUUUAUGUGUUUCUGCCGGAGGAAGCGAAGGAAUUUGCAAAUAUUGCUGUCAUUAUGAGCAAACCUCGCCUCAUUUAGAUAUGUGUACGUCUAUGCACAGAUCGGAAUCGCAUACUGUGGGAAUCACGCUUGGCUAUAUUUCUGUAUUGUCUGUUGCAGAUAUUCUUUGUUUCGUACUUCACUUUCGGGUGUAGUUUGUAAAGCUUGAAAAUAUGGAGUAGUCCAUGCCUGUCACUCGAAUUUAAGACCUUCGACGUUGCAAAAGA